AUGCAGAGUUUAAGGGAAAUCAACAGUCCUGGAAUAACAUUCAAUCAUCCUGGAGUGAAUCUGUAUGAACACAAGAAUCAGGUCAUAAUGGAAAAUGGCAUCAUUCGUGUCACUUUGUCAAAACCAGAGGGCACUGUCCUUGGAAUAUCAUACAAUGGAAUAGAUAAUGUGCUUGAAGCUCACAACAAAUUCAAUAAUAGAGGGUAUAUUGACAUUGUCUGGAAUGCAUCAGGAAGCACAUCAAAACUUUGGGGAAUCCAAGGUAGUAGAUUUUCUAUUAUAGAGGCAAACGAGAAUCAAAUUGAGCUUUCCUUUUCAAGAACAUGGAACAUGGAAGUCAGUUCCCCCGUAAACGUAGACAAAAGGUAUAUUUUGCGCAGAGGUAGUUCCGGAUUAUACAUAUACGCUAUAUUUGAACGUCCCCAGCAUUUUCCAGCUCUGGAGAUUGAUCACAUAAGGAUCGUUUUCAAGUUGAAAAAGGACAGGUUCCCCUAUAUGGCUAUAGCAGAUGAUAUGCAAUGAGCCAUGCCAACGCCUGAAGAUAGAACUACGGGGAAACGCCUUGAUUAUGAUGAAGCUGUUCUAAUAACCAACCCUAGUAACCCACAGCUUCAAGGAGAGGUUGAUGACAAAUACCAAUACUCAUGUGAGAACAAAGACAAUAAGCUUCAUGGGUGGAUUAACAUGGACUCAAGGUCCAAUGAAUCUGUGGGCUUCUGGAUGAUAACACCAAGUAACGAGUUCCGUAGUGGUGGCCCAAUUAAGCAAGGCCUCACUUCUCAUGUUGGCCCUACAACCCUCAAUAUACUUCAUACCACUCACUACGCGGGGAAGGAGGUAACCAUGGCAUUCAAAGAAGGGGAACCCUUCAAGAAAGUUUAUGGCCCCGUUUUUGCUUAUCUAAACUCAGUUUCAAGUGGCCAUGAUUCACAAGCCCUAUGGAGUGAUGCUAUACAACAGAUGUCCGAGGAAAUUAAAAGUUGGCCCUAUGAUUUCCCAAAAUCAGAUGAGUUUUUCCCAGCCAAUAAACGGGGAAGAGUGGAAGGACAAUUACUAGUCCAAGACAGAUACAUUAAAGGAGGGAAAUUUGUAUAUGGCCACAAUGCUUAUGUUGGUUUGGCUCUGCCUGGAAAUGAGGGAUCAUGGCAAAGGCAAAGCAAGGGUUACCAAUUCUGGAGUGGAGCUGACAAAGUGGGUCACUUCACAAUUGAAAAUGUUGUACCAGGAGACUACGAUUUAUAUGCAUGGAUUCCAGGAAUUUUUGGGGACUAUAAAUAUAACACUACUAUAACCAUCACACCAGGAUGUGUUAUCCAAUUGGGUUCACUAAUAUACAAUCCUCCAAGAAAUGGACCUACCAUAUGGGAAAUUGGCAUCCCAGAUCGCUCUGCUGCAGAGUUCUAUGUUCCAGACCCUUAUCCCAACCUCAUGAACCCAUUAUACAUUGGAAAACCAAGACACAAGUUUAGACAAUAUGGAUUAUGGCAGCGUUAUUCUGAGUUAUACCCAAAUAAGGACCUCGUUUACAACGUUGCUGUGAAUGAUUAUAGUAAAGAUUGGUUCUGGGGGUUUGGGCUUUUAUGUCCACAUCACAACACAUAUCGCCCAACAACAUGGGAGAUUAAAUUCCAUUUGCCAUUUUUUAUAAGAGGUAGAAACACACUACGACUUGCCUUGGCCUCAGCUACAAGAUCUAACUUGGAGGUUCGGUUCAAUAACCCUUUGGCUCGUUCUCCACACUUUUCUAUGGGAUUAAUAGGCAGGGAUAAUGCCAUAGCAAGACAUGGCAUUCAUGGAUUGUACCUGCCUUACAACAUUCAAGUACCUAGCUACUUAUUGGUGGUAGGAACCAACACCAUCUAUUUGAGGCAAGCAAAAGGUCUAAGUCCUUUCUUAGGAGUUAUGUAUGACUCCAUCCGUUUGGAAACACCUCAAACUUAG